CGCUUUCGAUUUCCUGGUCCUGCAAGCCUGCUGGGAGGGGCGCAGAGAGGAGGCUACGUCUCCAAGGUGCGUUUGAGUGCGGCACCCGCGCUCGUCUCAAACCAGGGAGAUGGCAAGAAUCGGAGAUCUGCCUGAAGACCUCCUGCUGGAUAUCUUGUCUCUAGUCCCUAUGAAGGACUUGGUUCUCAGUUGCCGGCAGGUUUCCACCCGCUGGCGAGACCUGGUGGACUUGCCGGUCCUGUGGAAGCGCAUCUACCGACGGAAAAGCGACAACCGCGAGAAGCACGAGUCAAAGGCUGCCUUCAUUUUCAGCCACCUGGAGAAGAACUUGAUCAAGAAUCCUUGCGGUGAAGAGGGCCUGGACUCCUGGGAAAUCAAGAAUCCUUCUGUUUUGUCUUUGGAGCGCCUACCCUCCUUUGUAUACAAGACACCCCCAGAGGUCCAGUGGAAAGUUAGAGAAUUGUCCGCAGCAGAUUCAGCAACACUCCAAAUGAAGGACUACCUUCAGAGGAAUUCUUAUGUGAAAAAUGGAAAAAUCCCAGUUCAGCGGGUGAAGAAAUGCUUUAUUGCAUAUGACGGGCUCUGCGUCAAGGCUCAGCGCAUCACCUUGAAGGAUGAAGGCUACUGGGAUGAGUUGAUGGAUGAGGGCAGGCCCACUAUUGUGGUGAAGGAUCGCUUUUAUAAUUCCAGAGGCUUUCAUUACCAAAUGAGUGUGAAGCUGUUGUCUGCAGACUCUGAAGUCCUUAGGGAACGUGACUCUUAUCAACCUUGUCUAUGGAAUACACCACCGUUUGCAACAAUUCCUUCUUUAAGAAAAAACACAAAACGCACCUUUCAAACAGCACUAGGGCAGUGGUGUGAGGCUUUGUUCACCUUUUACAACUGCCCUCCCGGGGUCCGCCACAUCCUCUUUGAGCACGAAGGCUCAAACAGAAACCCCCAGAAAUACGGGGGCAGAGUAAGGAUCACUCAAAGCAGCAUCACUCUUGGCCCACAUCCAUGCGAGAGAGACCUGGAUAUUGAUGCUCUUAAGUUACAUUGGCUGGAGAGAGGCUGCAAGGCUAACCCUUGGUGUGUGGAACCCAAAUUGAGUGACAUCACUCUUGGCCCACAUCAUUGGGAGGAAAGCUAUGAUGAUGACUAUGAUGACUACCACAGUGAUCCCGACUCUAACAGCAGUGACGAUUUCUGGAACAACUACUGGAGACCUUUCCAAAGUCCGAUGGGGAGCAUUGGCGACUUGCCCGAAGACAUCUUGAUCGACGUGCUGUGCCUUCUCCCUGCCCGGGAAAUCGUCUGCACCUGCCGGCUGGUUUGCCUCCUGUGGCGCGAUCUGGUGGAGCUUCCCUCUCUGUGGAAACGCAAGUGCCAGCGGGAAGGGUACCAUCCCCAAGCGGUGGACAAGAGCGUCCAGGACUGGAGGAUCUUCUACUUUCUCUGCAGCCUGAAGAGGAACUUGAUCAAGAACCCUUGUGCAGAAGAGGGUUUUGAGUCCUGGGAAAUCGAGUCAAAUGGAGGAGACCUUUGGAAAGUUGAGGAUCUUCCUGGAGAACAUGGGAGGGAAUUUCCUCAUCCGCACAUCCAGAAAUACUUUGUUACAUCUUACGGGUCCUGCCUCAAAAACCAGCUGGUUACCUUAAAGGAUCAUGGCUACUGGGAUCAGCUGAUGGACGAGGUCAAGCCGGAUAUUGUGGUCAAGGACUGGUAUGCUGCCCGACACGACUGCGGGUGCCGCUACCAGCUGUCUGUGAAGCUUCUCUCCGCAGACUACAUUGUUCUCCAGGAAUUUCUCCCAAAAGACGUGGUGAUUGAGCAGUGGAGCGAUGCAGAAUGGCGCGAGGUCUCGUACACUUUUCACAACUACCCUCCUGGGGUCCGCCACAUCCUCUUUCACCACGGAGGCCAAGACACUCAGUUCUGGGCCGGCUGGUACGGCGUCCGAGUCACCAACAGCAGCAUCACCAUUGGUCCAGAGGUGGCAGGGUGAAAGGAAGACUGUUGAACUGAUAGGCUUGGCUCACUUUAUAGAGAGAUGUAUAUUAAAAACGCUCCCUUUUCGACAUUU